AUGGCUAAACUACUGGUGAAUAGUCUACGGGAAGUCCGCAACGGUAUGACAGCAUUGCAUAACUCAUACAACGCGUGGAGAUUUGGUUUGCAAUUAAUGUCUGAAAAGCGAUACAACUAUUACUACAGACUUAUACUACUGUCCGGCAGUUGUCUCACAACUGGUCUCUACUUCACGUAUAAUACGCUACUUAUAGACCACUACAAAGCCAUUGUCCACUCCUACUCGUCCGGCGACUUGAGUCCACUCAACGACGAGCUCAAGACGUUUGCCACAAACGUGUGGACAGAGUGUCAGCGAAAUCUUCACCACAAGUCUUCAGAUUUAGUCCACUUCUUCCCAUCAGUCGGCUCUGAGCCCAUAUAUAUCGGCACUUUAGGACUGCCUACCGGUGCGACCAUUGGUCUCCCAUUUCUGCUUAACUACCACACCGUCGAUGACGUCAAGACAAUUGAUCUGCGAUUCAAAGGCGAACAAAACCCGUACACGAAGUGGCGCUCAGAAGCCGGACAGGCGUUCAUCAAGUCAUUAGUCCUCAGCCCUAACGCCAAGAAGUACGCCAUCGCUCAACGGAUCCAUUCGGCAAACAAUGUCAACCUCUUCGCCGACUGUCUCAACAUCACUGUCUCGACGGCAGUGGCCUUAGGCUUAGCGCAGGAACUCAUAAAUCGUGUCAAAUCGCUUAAGACGUUUGGACAGCGCUUUGUGGUGAGGAGUGUAUCGCUGAUCAUCGGCUACUGUUUGUGGUCGACGUUCAACCAGACCAUCAAUUACUGGUCCAGUCUUCGGGCCGACAAACGCACCGUCAGUCUCGGCGACGACUACUUAGAGGGCGCCGUCGAGUACUACCGGAAGCUGAAGACCAGAAACGCCGCCUUUUAUCGACUCACGGAAGACGACAGCGGAUGGAAAGUGUUUACCGCCGAUGGCGAGGACAGGGGUUUGUUGAGCGCCCGACUCCUCACUAUUAGCCGGCGUUUGAAUUAUUUAAAUCAAUUAAAAGAUGAAACUCGAGGUAUAGAUGAAGUGGACAUCAAAUCGGAGACCAAAUAA